UGAAGCUCGCAGGGCCUUUGUAUGUCGUACUGCAUCAGUGCUUUUAGAAUUGGGUGGAAGAUGAACCGUGCGCUGUCACACAAGAGUGAAGUUUUGGCAUCAGCGCACUGGACUUUAUCACGCGCCCGAGCCCAGGCUUGCCAAACAUCUGAAGACUCCGAACUAUAUCUAAGAAUGUUCGAGACUCUUACGUAGCCAUGUUGGCUCAAGCCGUGUUGGUUCGAACAGUUGUCGUCCUGUUGGCCCGGCGAACCGACGGAUGAUUGAUUGAGAGACCAUGGCGCCGAAGGAAGUAGCCAAGCCCUACUCAGGGCAGGAGUUCAAGGACGCUCCCAGGAAGGAUUCAGGAGACCCUUCAGUUGCACAGAAGAGUGGUCUCUUUGCCUUCUUCGUCUUCAUCCGUGCGAUCCACCCCACUGUCAUCGACGCGUCCAAGACUGUCGGAGCGGACGGCAGCAGGAGCUUCCCAUAUGGUGUGCAGACCGCAAACCUCGCAGAGGUGUGCGUGUCCACCGCAGGGGCCAUGAGCAUUGCUUGGUACAAGGGCGAGUGGAAGUUGAUCUGGAAGCCUGCAGCACUCAGCACAUUCACAUUCCUCGGCGUCCUAUUUGGCAUCGGUGACUUCCUGGAGAUGCGAAGCAUGGCGUCAUUGUCGGGUGGUGCCUACCAAAUACUCUUGCAGUCCAGGCUGCUUAUUACCGCUCUGAUGAGAUGGUAUUUCAACGGUACUGGCCAGACUCCAUUGCAGUGGAACCUUUUGGCGUUGGUUGCACUUUCCAUGACCGCUUACAUGUGCAUCGACAUGGACUCAGAGAAGCUUCACAGCGGUGCCACGAUUGACGGCAUUUUCAAUGCUGCCGCGAAGGUAGGUAUCUCCUGUUUGGCUGCCGUCUUACUCGAGAAAUAUUCUAAAGAGUUCCGGGCGAAAUAUGGAAAGCAACCCGUUUAUAUCCAAGCUAUUCAGCAGCGUUUGUCCAGAUUAGUGGUUUUGACGCUGCUGGUCAUCUUGGAAGGCAGGGCCUGGCAGUACGGUUUUUGGGGCGGCUGGAAUGCAUGGACAGUAGGUGUUGCGCUCUCGCACAUGAUGAAAGCAUGGAGCACCGUCUACCUCCUGGUGUACCUUGACGCCGUGCUGAAGAAUAUUGGAGAGGCAGUUGCAGUGCUGGCGACUUAUCUCAUGGAGGUGAUGCUGCCAAUCUUCGAUACGAAUUUUCACUUCACGCCGCUUUUGGUGGUGAUGAUUGUCAUGCUCUCUGUCAGCGCUUACCUGGGCUCUUCCAAUCUGAUCUCCAAGGCAAGCCAGUAUGACGAUUUGAAGAAGAAGUACGACGCGCUGAUCCUUGCUGAAGGUGCGCAGGUUUUUCGACCCGUCUGAGUUGCGCACAGUUUAGAGGCCAGUCGCGCAUGCGCUCUGGGCAAAGGUGGCAAUCUGCGCCGAUUUUAGGGAGUUGCAUAUUUGCCGAUCAAAAAAUGAGUGGUCGAGGCUCUCGAGGUGCUGCUUUCUUUUGCUGAGGCUGAAGCGGCGCACGCUUAGGACGCGGCAGCACAGGGGUGGCAGCCGACCAAGCUUUCGCACACGGUCCCGUAAGGAGAGCCGCCACGUGACGCGAAGGAAAAGAGCGAC